ACCCAGCAAAAUUUCUUGUUCAUCAAAUGGGACAGAUGCUGGACUGGAGAUUGGCAAGUGCGCAUGUUAUCCUGGCCGUGACAUUGAUGCUGUGGGGCUCAGGAGAGGUGCUCUCAGUGGAUGUAGCAACAGAGGCUUGGGAUGCUGCAAUCAGAGAUGUGCAGUCACCACCCACAGUUAGGGAAGAGAAAUCAGCAGCUGACCUGGCAGCAAAACUCAUGCUUCUUGAUGAACUGGUAUCUCUGGAGAAUGAUGUGAUUGAAACAAAGAAGAAAAGGAGCUUCUCUGGAUUUGGGUCUCCCCUGGACCGACUCUCAGCUGGCUCUAUGGAUCACAAAGGUAAACAGAGGAAAGUAGUAGAUCACCCAAAAAGGCGAUUUGGUAUCCCCAUUGAUCGGAUUGGUGGAAAUCGGCUUUCAAACUCUAGAGGCUAAUUGUCUCCAAUCAUGUGACUUCCUUGGGUGAAAUGUCACAGAAACAUAGAAGAUGCUUCCUUUAAUCAUCCUUAAUGAUUAAACUGUAAAGGAACUGGCCUUCUGAGAAUUCUUUCCGAAGCUUGAACUUAGGGCCAUCACAUCACAGUGUUGUUACAGCUUCAAGAAAAUUUUGCAGGUCAUUUCAAUGCAUGGAUAUUUUUAAAGUACAUUCUAGUUAUUCAGGAAUGGUUAUUUGGCCCCAAACCUUACUUUUUUAAAGAAGCAAUCAAAAAUCACAAUGCAGUGAAAUGCCUUCUAUAUGUGGUUACCUUUUACAUUUAUACAGCUGGAGAAUAACUGAAGACUAAUUUGUUUCUGUAAAAAUGUAAGCACAAUCUCUUCAUUAUUUGGGAACAAGGAAGAAGACAAUGCUGUGUGUUUCUUUUAAAUGUUUUCACUUAUUUCUUAUCCUUUGUCUGUGGGCCUCUUGGGUAAUAAUUAUGAAAUUAAACUUCUGACAUUCAAAUUUCAGUUAUUUUCAAUUAAAAAAACACUCAGCCCCAGUUCUAGGACUAAGUGAAAAAAGAUCUCUGAACAAGAAAAAAAGCAGUAAUUAAGUCCAUAAAUUUUAGCCUCCCCCAAACUGAGAAAAUACCUGAAAGUCAGGACAUAUUGACUUGGAGUAGGAAGUGAAAGAUGGCAUUCGUUGGUCGAGCUUGUAUGUCCCAUAUCCUCUAAUAACUUUCCGUGUUCUCAAUUACAACUGAUUGUUAACUAAGAGCCACAGUGGCUGAUUAUGAAAAGAAAAACUACACACAGAAGUAAGAGAUCAAAGUUUGGGGAAGCCAAAGAAUGUCAAGUAGUAGCCACCAGAGCAGUCUGGGACUGGUUAAAGGCACAUAGUUUUAGCUCAGUAAAUUUUAACAUAGUACAAUAAGCAAUCUUUUUGAUGUUACCAACUCACCCAAGAAACUGUUUCAUCUAUUUUAUACACUGUGUUUAAUAAGGCAUUAAAGUGUGUAAUAGGUUUGAGAGUGGUUUCUUUAAAAUGAUCCAAGUUCUUCUUAAUUGACUCAUCAAAGCAUAAAGUUUGGUAUUCUAGAAAACUCAAUUCUCAGCAAUAUGUUACUGUAAUUUAAGCAUUGUGCAUUAGA